UUCAACUGUAACCCACGUUACCAUAGACAAAACUGACGAAGGUGAUUUGUGAAUAAACGACAACAAAAUAUUUAACGACGGGGUCAAUCGUAUAGUCACAUUAAGAAAUUGUCGGGUGAAUUUCCGACUACAAUUCUAGUGUAGGGGAUAACUUGAAAACGUCGCCAUGGAUACCAGAGUUAUAGCCUUGUCCUCGUUGAUCUUAGCCUCACAGACACAUCGCGUGAUGUCCGCCCUUGACCUCUGGCAUCUACGUAGGCCUGCCAAGGUUCACCUAAGCCUUGAAGAACAGAUGGGGAAACUCGCGCAGCGGCGGGAACAUUGUGAGGCAAAGAUAAUGGAACCUCCUCCGGGUCCAGGUCUAUACUGCAAUGCGACUUGGGACAACGCAAUGUGUUGGGAGUAUACGGAAGCCGGUACAAUCGUCGAACAACCCUGUCCUGACUACAUAAACGCGUUCAACAUCUACGGAUUUGCGACGCGCGAGUGUCUGAGCGACGGAACGUGGCGUCUCAAUCCCAAAUAUAAUAAAACUACAAGCGGAUGGACAAACUACAGUGGAUGUGCUGGACCAACUCCAAGUCCUCCCGUUGACUAUUCGCACCACUUUACCAAAAUUCAGCUGAUGUCUGAAGUGGGCUACGGGCUUUCUCUGGUCGCACUUAUCAUCGCCGUCCUGAUUAUGAUAGCAUCCAAACGUCUUCAUUACAAAAGUAACAUACUACACAUAAACCUAUUCUGUGCCUUCAUCCUUCGCGCUUCUGUUACGUUCAUCAAGACCCUUCUGUUUGUUGAUGACAUCGGCCUAGAGAAAGACAUAGUGAGAAAGAAAGGUGCCAUAGAGUUUGCCACUGAAGGAACGCACUGGGAGUGUAAGCUGGUCGUAACGUUGCUGGUAUAUGCGCUAUCUGCAAGUAUGAUGUGGAUCUUAAUGGAAGGACUCUACCUACACAUGCUGGUGUAUCGGACACUGCUAACAGAAAGGCAUGGGACAAGAUUAUACGUGAUACUUGGAUGGUUGACGCCGUUAACGUUCAUUGUUCCAUGGAUAUUCGUUCGAAUAUUUCUCGACGACGAAUUAUGCUGGAAUACAUAUAAAUAUGGCGAACAUAUAUGGCUGAUCAGGGGACCUUUGACAGCCUCAGUUUGUCUGAAUUUUAUAUUUUUCCUGAAUAUCGUUCGAGUUCUCUGCGUUCGGGCGAAAAUUGGCAGACAUGUGAAAAAUGACGCUCAACAAUUUAGGAAAACAGCUAAAUUUGUUUUAGUGCUUAUUCCACUGUUUGGAGUAAUUUAUAUAAUAUUUUCUGCGGUUCCCACCGGACUCAGCAUUCAAACGGAUAUCAUAUAUCUAUAUGGAGAAAUGUUCUACAACUCUUUCCAGGGCUUCCUGCUUGCAAUACUCUUCUGUUUCCUAAACGAGGAGGUCCACAAUGAAAUACGCCGCUUCUGGUAUCGACGGCGCUUCAAUGGAUUUAAUACGAGAACAAUCAUGCUGUCGUCCUGGCGAAAAGGGUCGAGCAGGAACCCACGUGAAACCCUCACGAGAGACACACGUGUGAUUGAAAAGUGUGCCAGUUCAGGUAGUUCAGGGGAAAAACCAGGCCGCAGCUCGUGUAAGAUAAACAAAAAUUGCCAAGAACACGUGACUUGGAAAAGUUCAAAACGUGAAGGCAAUGGACCCGCCUUUGUGAACACAUGUGUAACGUGGAAAAGUGACGAUUAUGACAGAGUAAAGGUGGACAACGCAACACAUUCAGCAACGGGUACCUCCGGCAUCGUGGUGUAAGGAUUUAGUGCUUGUGAUACUUUGUGAUGAGCCAUACAUAUACUUUGGUCAUAUACUAUUUGGAGAUAAUGUGUACACUUAAUAUAACUUUAAUUGUAAGUUCAUAUAUAUGUCUACUAUCGAUUACCAAGAUAAAAACAAUGAUAUUAAUGUAUGUAACAAAAGAAUAUUAAUCAGUAUAAUCAGUUUUUCUUUUUUCCUUUGAAAAAUUCACAAUUAUUAUGUAAAUUGAUUGGAAAUAUUUCGUCUACUUGGUGCAAAAUGUCGAGUAAAUUUGAUACAGUUUUUUUCUCUUAUAUCGCCGUUUGAAUACCUUGAGUGUGAGGUAUAUGCUACUUGAAGUUAUGUGUCCCAAUGAAAGCCUGUUAUCAAAUAUGGUCGUAAAACUUUAGACAAAUUGUCAUUUACUUGUUAAACUAUUUGAAAUACUAUUUUGCAAUUGGUCGAUUUUCACGUACAAAUGCUACUUUCAUUUUAAUAUUUUUUAUAAUGUUUGUUUAAGCAAACAAAAUUCCACAUCUUACAUUAAUUACAAAUUAUGUUGACAAAAUGUCAAUUUUUGAAAACUUAAUGUGAUCUGAAAAGUUAUAGUUAGAGAUUAUCAAUUAUAUUAUUUAGCACAGUAAAUUUAAUUUCAUUUUAAAUGUGUUAUAUCGGGUGUAUAAUUUACUCAAAUGAUACACGAGACAGUAUAAAAAACCAGUCCAUCGCAUCUCCUUUACAAAUAACAACAGUUACAGUACAUAUUUGACCCUAGCUGUCCAUGUUGUAUGUUUUUGAAUAAUCAUGAAAUGAUACUACUCAUUGAUUUAAAAUGAGUUAUGAAAUGAAUCUUACUUUGAAGUAAAUAAAUUCAAUGAUUUGUU